AUGCCAGGCAAAAGAUCGAAAGCACAACGUACUGCUCGAAAGCGAGCUGCCCGAAAGGUUGCCGCCAGAGAGUCCGCCGCGAAAGCAGAGUAUGCGACGCAAGCGAACGUCUCCCAGCAGAAGCCCGAAGGAGAAUUGCCCGAAACAGGCUCGAAGAUGCCUCUCGCGUCUGUUCAAUCGGAGUGGGACGUAUCUGGUGUUGAAACCCGCUUGCUGACUUUCGAGAACGCUCCUCGAAAGAAUCUGGAAGUUUGCUUCAUAGGCACACCAUCCAUUACCUAUCUCCAAUCCACUCCAUUUGAGGAUAAUGAAGUUCGUCGCUCUACCAUGACCAAGAAUUCCCUGCCAUUGGGUCAUCCGGACGCUCCAGUCGAGAAGCCUGCUGAGCGUUCUAUAUUUCAGCCUAUUCAUUCUGACUACAAACGCCUGAAAGAGGCUCUGAAUAACCAUCCUCAUGUGCAAUUCCUUGGAAUGAGCAUGGAUGCGCUCAGUCAGAUAGUCGACUGUAUCUUCGACGUCACCAACGAGGUGACUUUGAAGUGGGUUCGUAAAUGGUGUCCUACCAUGAAGCUCUCGCGUGUGUUCAGUCUCGCUUCAUGUAGCCGGCGUGUCCCAGACGAAGCCUUGGAGAUGAGCAUCACUCUUAAGACGCUGCCCGAAUUGUACGCCGAUUGUCGCGAGGCAUUCCAGCUCCAUGGAAAUAACCCGCAGGCCUGCGAUGUCGCCCCUGUGGCUAAUCCUUGUAUCAUCCUCUGUCAAGUCUUCAAGGAUAAGAAAACCGCAAAUCUUAUAUGGGAUCUUAACCAGCUCGUCCAAUGGUUCCGCUAUGGCCUUGAACUUAAGGCAUUUGAAGUGCAGAGAAAGGCCAUGAUACAGAUUUGCCUGGGCACCAAGAAGGAGAGCGAGAUUCUCGAGUUUGCAUGGUCUACUUAUAAUAUAUAUCGAGCAGAGUACUCAAUCAGAGCGCUCAAGCGGAUGAAGGCACUCCUAGACCAUGCUUGGCCGGCGGACGAAGACCAUGUGCUGUAUCCGGGAGAGUCGGAAUCGGAGCAUUCAGACUCAGAUGCCUACGACUAUUGGGAUAAGGACAUGGAGGACUCAUCCGAUGACGAACCCGAGGAGGUGGAAGUAUUCGUAAUAAGCGACUCGGAGUAGACUCGACGUAAUGGUUCGCCAAUACAAAAUAAUACCAUCCGAUCUUAUGGGUGAUUGUGCU